AUGAAGGGGUCAGAAGAGCGCUAUAGAGGGGUGUAUCUGGGUAGUGCCAUCGUCGCACACCAGGGGAUCGCACUGGAGCCGGAGAAGAGACACACCGAGGACCGUGCGCCGGGCGGUGCUCGCGACGCUUCGCCUACUACUCACCUACCUGCUCAUAUACGGGGCACGCUCGCGCUCCGCGCAUACUUCAAGACGUUCAUCGUCGCGAACACCACCGCGGACUCCGCCUACGCGCGGAAGCACCAGUCGCCGUGGAUGCUCACUGACGUCGCGCGGGGAUAUCGCGUUCUUAUUCGCAGCUUUGUCGUCGAAGACAUCGGCGACGCGGGGGGCAGCUUUGUGCGCGCUGAGGGCACGCCUGCCCUACGUACGCAGUACCUGCCAACUACUGGGACCCCGCAAAAAGCGAAUCUGUCCAGUGAUCGCUCGUGCGAGCGAGGGGACGGGCCUGCGCACUCGCCGCGCGGAGGACCCAGCUUCCAGCGCACGAACGCGCGAAACGAGCCCAUGUCUGAUCGAAUUCCCGCUGAAGUCGCUGCUGGACGCGGACUCGGUCGUCCACCGUCCGCCAUGAAGUCCCGUCUGCCGUUCUCGCUGAGGCUCCCCUUCACCCGCUCGUACGCGACGCGCCUCCCGCAGAACCCGCCGUACCGGCCCCCAGACCCGCUCCUCAACAACCCGCGCGCGGUCUACCAGGAGCUCCCGGAGAAGCUGACCUUCAUCCACCGCCCGCCGCCCACCGCGCCCUCACCGCUCUCCUACACCACCUCCCCUUCCUCCCCACUUCUGAGGGGCGGGCCCGCGUCGAGCGCUGGGGCGCUCCCGCCACGGCUGGGCAAGGACAGGGGGGAGAAGCCACGGUUGAGCGACGAGGACAUCGCGAAAAUCCGCACGCUGCGGAGGAAGGACCCGAUAACGUGGACGCGGAGGCGGCUCGCGAAGGAGUUCGACUGCACGCCGUGGUUCGUGGGCAAGCUCGUGUCGCUCACGGGCUCCGACCGGCGGCGCGCGCUGGAGCAGCGGGAGAAGGAGCAUGGGGCGGACCGGGCGAAGUGGGGCGAGCGCAAGUCGCUCCAGGCGGACAUCAGGAAGAAGAGGAAGGAGUUCUGGUAGAGACCGCUGCUUGUCCAUGGUACGAGUUGUCAUGCAGGGUGUUAUCCCCGUGCAGCUCGGUCUCUGCCUCUGCCUUCAUUGCUAGUGUAUAGCGCCCUAAUAUAGAGGCAUGAGCUCGU